UGAAAAAAAAGUUUGAAAAAUGGUAAAGUCAUAAAUGAAAAGUCUUAUGAUCAUUGAGGCAUCCUUAAUAAACAUGAAUUCGCGCAUAUAUUUCAUGGCUUUAUAGACAAUUGAAGCUAAAGACUCUACCUGUAGUUCAGGGCAUGAUAUGAUUUUGCCUGAAACAAAAGCCUAUGAUCUUCAGCAAUAAAAGUAUUCGUGAAUGGAAAGAUUUGUAAAGACCCAAAGCUGGCAAAAGCAGAUGAUUUCUUUGCUUCAGGUCUUAAUUAAUGUAAGUGGAAAUGCAAUGGCUAAGUUUGGUUUUGCUAUAAAUGUUGUGGAUGUAAACACAAUGCCUGGAUUCAACACUCUUGGUAUUUCUAUAGUUCGUGUUGACAUGGAACCACAGGGUCUAGUUCCACUUCACACGCACCCUCGAGCUACUGAGAUCGUAACUAUGUUGGAUGGUACUAUUUAUGCUGGAUUUCUUCUCCCUGAUUCUCCAAACAUCUUUAAGAGUCGUCUCUUCUCCAAAAUCUUGAAUCCAGGCGAUGUUUUUGCGAUCCCACAGGGGCUUAUUCACUUCCAAUAUAAUGUGGGAAACAAAAAUGCUACUUUUCUGGCUUCUCUCAACAGUCAAAAUCCUGGAGUUAUCAUGAUUCCGAAUUCAAUCUUUGCAUCAGAUCCACCUAUUCUGGACGAUGUUCUUGCCAAAGGUUUCCAGCUUGAUAAGAAAGUGAUCAAACAACUCCGAAAGAAAUUCUCCUAGGAUAUGUCAUUGAAAAUAUGAUUGUGUGCUGAAAUUCGUGUGCAGCUGCUCAGCAGCAAAGUGGGGAAGUAUUCAUAUACUUUUCUCUAAUUUAAACACUGUUUGUUGUAUUUUGUAUUAGCCGAUUCUCU